AUGGGCAACGAAGGAAGCAUCGAGGGAAGCGGACAACCCGGAGAACCGGGCUCCAUCUCUAUGGUUGGAGCUCCCGGUUCGUUUUCAGCACCGGGCUCUGGACAGCACAUCAAGCCCGCCAAUGGUGCUGUUGCCGGGGGAGGAAUGGGUGGCGGACCGGGGAUGAAUAGGGUUCCUAUGGGGAGUCCUAAACCUGGGAUGCAGCUUGGCUAUGGAGGGAUGGCUGGAGGAAUGGGUGGAGGAGGAGGUCAGAGACUGGCCAACCAAGAGAGCCACAGGCCGUUGCAGCAAUCUAGCUCAGGCCCCGACCAUGGCUCUGGCCCGGGUCAGGGCCAUGGGCCAGGGAUGGGUGCUGGGAUGGGUUCUGGGAUGGUUGGCGGUCAGGGUCAGCAUGGCCAGAGCCCCGGUCAGCCCGGUCAGCACGCCUCCAGACGGAACCUCCAGGUGGACUUCAGCAGCUCGGGAGGCCGGACGGGUCGCUCCUCCUCAGCGUCUCCGGACCGGGGGAUCACCCCCACCUCGCCCUACUCGGUGCCUCAGAUCGCCCCCAUGCCCGUCAGCAAGCUGUGCCCCCUCUGCUCCACCACAGAGCUGACCAAUCCGCCGGCCCUGCCAAACUACAACACAUGCACGCAGUGCCGCUCCACCGUCUGCAACCAGUGUGGCUUCAACCCCAACCCCCACCUCACAGAGGUACAGGAGUGGCUCUGUCUCAACUGCCAGAUGCAGAGGGCCUUGGGCAUUGACAUGACCACCCCACGCUCCAAGAGCCAGCAGCAGAUCCACUCUCCAUCCCACCAAGCCAAACCCAUAGUCCAGCCACCACCUGUUCAGCCAGCUCAGCCAGCAGCCCAGCCAAAACCCCAGCCUCAGCCCCAGGCCCAGCCCCCACCACAGUCAAAACCCCACUCCCAGCCCCAGCACCAACUCUACAGUCAAUCCCAGCCCUAUGGUCAAUCCCAGCCCCAGGCCCAGCCCUAUGAUCAAUCCCAGUCCCAGCCCUAUGGACAAUCCCAAUCCCAGUCCCAGCUCUAUGGUCAGUCCCAGCCCCAGUCCUUUGGCAAAACUCCGCCCCAGCCCUAUGGCCAAUCCCAGCCUCAGGAACAGCCCUACAACCAAACUCAGCCGAAGGCACAUGGUCAAUCUCUGACCUAUGGCCAUUCCCAGCCCCAGCAACAGCCCUAUGGUCAAUCCCAGUCCCAACAACAGCCCUACAGCCAAACUCAGCCUCAGCCAUAUGGUCAAUCCCAACCCCAGCAACAGCUCUACAGCCAAAGCAAACCUCAGCCCCAGCCAUAUGGUCAAUCCCAGCCCUAUGGUCAAUCCCAGUCCCAGCACCAGCCUCAGGCCAAACCCCAAGCUCAGCAUCAGCCACAGACUUCUCCUGGCCUACAGAGACACCCUAUACCUGGCUCUGCUUCCCUGCCUGGGUCAACGACAAGCUCCCCCCAGCACAUCCCAUAUGGCCAGAGAGGGCCUGGAGGUCCCGGCCAGCCCCGGAUUCCCCAUCCUGGGGCAGUUCCCCUGGUGGGCAUGGCCAAGGCACCUUCCCAGCCAGACCUGGGCCGAGGCUCCCCGCCGCACCAGGGCGGCCGCAAGGCCGCCAGCGCCGGCUCGUCGCCUUCCCAUCGGCCCACCGCUCCCCAGGGGCAACCGCCCCAGGACGGCCUGACCAAACUGUUUGGCUUUGGGGCAUCGCUCCUCAACCAGGCAGCCAGCACCCUGGCCUCUGUGGACCCCCUCUCAGGGACACCAUCCACCCAGCCCUCCCCUGCCAGGGGUGGGCCUUCCAACAAACAACAAGGACCUCCUGGUGCCAAACCAUUCCAGACGGGUGGCCCUCAUGCACCCCAGAUGGGUGGCCCGCAAGCACCCCAGAUGAGUGGCCCUCAUGCACCCCCGAUGGGUGGCCCGCAAGCACCCCUGAUGGGUGGCCCUCAUGCACCCCCGAUGGGUGGCCUGCAAGCACCCCAGAUGGGUGGCCCACAAGCACCCCAAAUGGGUGGCCCUCAUGUACUGCAAAUGGGUGGACCCCACACACCAACUCAGAUUGGUGGCCUGUAUGCACCACAAUUGGGUGGCCCACAUACAUCAACUCAGAAAGCACCCCAACAGCAGCAAUCACCUGUGCAUCAUCAGAAGGGACCACAGCAACAGCAGCAGCAGCCGGCCAGACAGGAGCCCGUUCCCAAGCCGGUGGAGCCAGAGAAGCCCAAAGUCAAAUGCCCCCUGUGUAAGACGGAGCUCAACAUCGGCAGCACCACUGAGCCGCCUAGCUACAACUCCUGCACCCAGUGCCACACUCAGGUCUGCAACCUAUGUGGAUUCAACCCCGCGCCUCACCUGGAGUGUGGCUCAGUGGGGCUCAGUGGGGCUCAGUGUAGCUCAGUGGGGCUCAGUGGGGCUCAGUGUAGCUCAGUGGGGCUCAGUGGGGCUCAGUGUGGCUCAGUGGGGCUCAGUGGGGCUCAGUGUGGCUCAGUGGAGCUCAGUGGGGCUCAGUGGAGCUCAGUGGGGCUCAGGGUGACUCAGUGGAGCUCAGUGUGGCUCAGUGGGGCUCAGUGGGGCUCAGUGUGGCUCAGUGGAGCUCAGUGGGGCUCAGUGGAGCUCAGUGGGGCUCAGGGUGACUCAGUGGAGCUCAGUGUGGCUCAGUGGGGCUCAGUGGAGCUGAAUGUAGUUCAGUGGGGCUCAGUGUAG